ACUGGCCGGCCGUACGGAAGUGGUUUUUGUUUCGGUGGCUACAUACAAUAGCAUGUGAGAAAUGAGGGCUACUACAUAUUUAAAAUCCAGUUAACGUUAGCUGUCUUAAAGGCGUUUUUUAUUUCAUUAACAAUAUUUGAUGUUUCAUUAUUAUUAUUAUUUUUAUAUUGCCUGAACUAAACGAAGGAUAGCUAGCUAGCUUGUUAGCUAGCUUUAUUAAUGUCAGCAGCCAUGCCGUCCUACUCUGAAUUGAGGAAAACCAACCACUUCUACUACUUCAUCAAAUUUACCUUAAAUAUCUACUCAAUGCUCUUCUCGCUAAUGGGUCUUUGUGUGCUGUGCGUGGGGGUGUAUGCCGAAGUGGAGAGGCAGAAGAAUCGAACCCUGGAGGGCCUUUUCUUGGCCCCUGCCGUGGUGCUGAUACUGCUGGGCCUGGUGAUGUUUACCGUGUCAGUGGUGGGCAUGGUUGGAUCCCUCAGGGACAACAAGACUCUGCUGCACAUGUUCCUCUGUGUUCUCUGUGUGUUGCUGCUUCUCCAGGCAAUCGGGCUCACCUUGGCUCUCAUCUUUGAGAGCAAGACAUCUGCCUUGUUCCAGAGCAGUAUACGAGAAGGAAUUAAACACUACUACGAUGAUUUGGAUUUCAAAAACAUCUUGGACUAUAUGCAACAAAAGUUUUCAUGUUGUGGAGGAGAUGAGUAUAAGGACUGGGGAGUCAACCAGUACCAUUUCUGCAAUGGGACCGGUCCACUAGCUUGCGGGGUUCCAUAUACCUGUUGUGUUCGCCACAAGGUAGGAGAGGUCAUGAACACUCUGUGUGGCUACAGGACUCUGGAUAAAGAGCGUGCAGCCCUGCAUGAGCUGAUCCAUGUGCGAGGCUGCAUCCAUGCGGUCAACCUCUGGAUGAGUGACAACAUUGGAAUAACCACUGCACUCUGCUGCGCCAUCGGGCUGCCCCAGCUGCUGGGCAUCGUCCUGAGCUGCAUCUUCUGGAACCUGCUGGUGGACAUGAGCGAGUCGGCCGACAUGGUGGACUUCAAGCUGAAGAAGGCAGAGGUUGAGUACAGCGAGCUGGACCUGGCGGGCGCCGGCUGGUGUAUGUGUCUUCCAAGGGACGGCGGCUACCUGCCCGUCCCGGCCGCCGAGCCGGACCUCGACCCCAUCGAUGUUCACCUGCUGAAGCUCAAGAAGAAGGCGCCUCGCACACACGCUCAGCUCCGAGAACUGCAGCAGUCCAGAUCGGCCACUGGGCUGGACGAGGUAGACGCUAGCCGGAAGCAGAAAACGCCCUUUCAUGCCUUUUGAGUUUUUGCCUCUUUUUUUUUUUUUUUUUUUUUUAUUUAAUUAUUUUUAAUUCAUUGUAAUCAUUACAUUCGUUGGAGUUGUGUUGCACUACGUAAUGGUCAGCCAUUGGACCAAGAAAGAUUUGGUCAGCUAAAGGGAUCAGAAGUACUUUGGCACUUUGUUAUGAAUUUGUUUACAACAAAAGGAACAACAUGCAACAUAGGCUUUAAAAAACACUUUUCUUUUGUCGUGUUUGUGGUGGUUGUUAUUCAAAGAUUUAUGGCAUUAUAUGACAUUGUAUUUAAUUUUUUAGCCUUUGAAACUGAGCUAUGUCUCAUGUGCUAAAGCUUACCUCAGGCUGUUUUGAAAAUAGCCCAGUAGUCAGAGGACAGUACUAUUUGGUGUGUAAAUUAAUGGUAGCUUGAAAAGACGUUUUUCAGUGUCUGAGAAAUAGAAAUAGCAAAGUAUGUCUUGCGUCUGUGACGGAUGUAUACAGUUUGUGUAUUUCCUUUUUUUUUAAUCAUGAUUUCAAUUUUAUUUUGUGCAAUCGGUGUACAUUGUAAGACUGGUAGUUGUGGAAUAACAUGGAAUGCAUGUUUUGUACUGUAUAUAAAGUAAGUUUAAAAAAAGAAAAGAAAAAAAGUGUUGUAAGGCUCUCAAUGGGGGGGGGCUUGAGUCUAUUCUGUUUUUAAAAUAAACUUUUUAUUCAAUCUUUUAAUGGAACACCUAAAGGGAUUAUCCAGACUACAAAUCCAGUAAAAACCUACUCUAUGAUGUUUUUUUGUAUCUGAGUUAUGCACAGUUUUGAGCUUCCCCCUAGCUCCUGCCUUGUAUCAGCACAGCUGUUGUCAAUAAAGCUGAAUUUGUCUACUGA